UCUGCCGAUAUCUCACACACACACACACACACACACACACACACGGUCAGCAGUCGAGUGAAGGCCUGUAUGAUGGCCGGAAGCCUCCGUUACCUCCUCCCGUCACUCUGGGUUUUGUUGGGACUUGUGAGAGAAAUUGGUGGUUUGCGUCUGAAACCGGUUCUGUCUGGACCCAGUGAGGCCUACGUGAGAUCUGAAGUCCAGUUUGACUGUGCGGUUCCAGACUGGUCUUCACCUCUGAGCUAUGAGCUCUGGAAGGACGCAGGGGAUCUUAUUGCAACAGAAAACAACGUCAAGGUUUCUUUCAGCCUACAGGUCACAGAGGAGUCAGAGGGCAAGUACUACUGCAGACUGACUGAUGGAGGUCAAACCAGCAACGCCAUCCACUUCCAUGCAGUGAUUCCUGUCAUAGGAGCCCGUUUGACUUCAGAUCCUGAUCCGCCGAUCAUCUACGAAGGACAGAAGUUCGUCCUGCGCUGUCUUGUCAGGAAGGGGACGCAUCUGUCCUUCAUAUGGUACCAUAACAAACAGGAAGUGAACUCCUCGUCAGAGCUCCACUGGCUCUCCGGAGACACUCUCACGGUGGACGGGGCGAGCGAAGUGCAUGCUGGGAUAUACUCAUGCACGGCUCAAAACCAGAUGACCGUCAACCCCAGAUUCUCCAGCAGCCGAAACAUCCACGUCAUCGUCAAAAAGCACAUCUCAGUACCCACACUGUCGUUCACGGUGUUCUCUAACGGCUCCAGUCUGGUGGCCAACAUCAGCUGCGGUUCGGCGCGUGGAUCUCCGCCCGUGACGUGGAGCGUGCUGUUGAACGGACUGGAGCUGGAUGUGAAGCGAGUGGAUUCGCUGGAGUCCUGGUUCGUUCUGCCGGUCUCUGUGGGUGUGGAUAUGGGAGCCGCUCGAUGUCAAGCGCAGACGGACACGCAGCAGCUGCUGUCUGAUCCCGUGCAGUUACACGUGGUUCCAGUAGGUGGCGCUGUGCGUGUCACGGUAACGUACCUCCACGAUGCCGGCGGGACGGUGGCAGCCGCUCGGCUCAAGUGCGUCCCCGACAGAGGAACGUUUCCCACGUUCUCCUGGCAUCUGAACCGUUCCUCCCUUCCACCAGAGGCCGACGCUCACGCGGUCACUCGUCACGGUCAGGUCUUGAUCCUCACAGAAGUCAGCUCCGGGUUUUACCGCUGCCGGGUGAGGGAUAGUUUUAACGACAGCUCAGCGUGGGUGGAGAGCGAGGGCAUCUUCGUACAGAAGACAGAUUUGUCGGCGACGCCCAUGGAGGUCAUUGCAUUAGUUUUCUGUGGUUUCCUGUCGGUCGUGAUCGUGGGAGGCUCAGUCUUUAUGUUCACGGAGUGCAAAAACAACACCUGCAGACAUCACAGUAACCAGGAUGUGAUCCAGUCUGAAAUGAUAACAAUGGACGCUCCCGUCGCUGAUGUUUCCUCUGUACCUCAACCUGCGGAAAUAGAAACCGUCAUUAUGGAGUUUGAGGCCUAGAGGACUAGAGCAGACCUGGAGUCAGUGUCCUGAGGAGUUAAGCUCCAACACAGACGUCUUGAAGCUUCUAGUAAUCCUAAAGACUUUGAUUAGCUGGUUCAGGUGUGUUUUAUUAGGGUUAAAGCUGAACAGGACAGUGAACCUACAGGAGCACGACAGGACAACAAUCACUACUCUGCAAUUUUUCCGUUCUGUGUUUUCUAUGAGAUUGCGUGUCUUUUAUAUACCAAAUAAAUAUUUAAUUUACCAAAUGUUACCAUUGGACUUGCUCUCUAUUUAGAUAAUUUUGCAUAAUUAUGUUUUCAUUGAAUGCCUUUCUUGAGGUAAAUGUAACAUUACGUGAUUGUUUACAAGCUGUUUUAGUGACGUCUUUCCGUGGUUGAAAAGCUGCUGAAUGAUUACGUGAGACAUUAUACAUGUCAGUAAAUUGUACUGUUUCUUUCAACGUA